AUGGGACAGUGGGAAGAAACAGCUAGUAAGGAGUUACAAUCCUUCAAUAUCCAAGCUGAUACUUCGUCUGCUGACACUACAAGGAUUGUUGACAUCAUGGAAGCAAGUUCUGACUAUUACUACCUUGUCUCACCUCCUCAUCAAGCUGGUAUUGGAUGGUCCGAAGGCAUCCAACUGCUCAAAAGAAGUGGCUCUGUACCCCCAACGCAAACUGUCUUACAUGCAGAAGGGCUUGCUUUAUUAAUGGCUGCUAAGCGUCUUCAUGCUUUGGGAUACACUCGUAUAACUUUUAUAGGUGAUUUCAAAAUGUUAUAUGAAAUCCUGCAGUAUCACAAUGGAGGUCUGCUGUUUGAAAUUCAUCAGCAAUCUAUUGCAAUCCUUAUGCAAGAUAUCCUUGCUUUAUCAUCUGUCUCCUCCUUUUGCUUCCAUUAUGCUCUGAGAAGAUUUCUUCAAUAA